UCGGGUAGAAACGGAAAUCGCAGCUCGCGCGUUAUUCUUAGCUAUUCAAUGUAGAGAAGUUAGCACACCAGUUGAUUGAAAGGUAGUCAGUCAGCCAGUCACCCGGUUGCUCGUCUCUUCCAUCAGUUGUCACUGGAAACUCCGAGGGUGGAGUUGAGCAUAGGAAGCUGACUAGCACUUCCAACCCACAGCGACUGCAACUGAGUCCUGGUUGAGUUUUUGAGUUUUUUUUUUGCAUCUCCAACGUUUCGCAGUGGUAGUCCAAAAAUAGUUCCCAGCUGGGUGAGAAGCACGGGGAAUUCUGGUCAACAGGAUUAUUUGCGAUGCAAAUCGGAUUCGCUUCGAAGUGCAGUUUUACAAUAGAGGUUCUAUUUAUUUAGUGAGAGGAAAUCUAUUCCGAUGUGCAAGUUUCUGGUUGUUUGUGUGUCGUGUUUGAGCUUAUAUCAAAAUUGAUGUACUUCUGCCGUCUUCAAUCGAAUUUUCACCAACAAAGUUGGUACAAUCUACGCAUACCUACCUAAUUGUCUGUGAUAGUUGUAAUCUUUUUGGAAGCUGCUUACAAAACAGAAUAUAUUUGACUCUUUUUAGUGAGCUUUAACUAAAUCGUAACUCUAGCCAAACGGGUAUACGAAUAGAUAUAGACUACAACCUGUGUCAACGGAAAAAUAAAAGUUGUCAGAAAACAGUCCCACGUUCGAACGAAAUACGUUUUUGUGCGUUGCACGAUUCGAAAGGAUUACACGGGUUGAAAAUGUAAACCAUGGAAAGGGAAAACCUCCGACAUAAGCAGAUUUCCCGGUCGGAAAAGGAGGAUAUUUUCCAUCAGCAUUCGUUGUCACAGCUUUGAAAGCAAAUCGAAUUUCGGUGAUUGCCAGGCGGGUUGUGUAAACGUGGGGGUUCACAAAUGUAAGCAGUUUUAUUGGAUAAAUGUACUCUGAGAUUGGAAAUAUGUGUUUCUGUGUUCAAUAAAUAUCUGGUGAAAUAAUACGACCAAGACGACACAGCCGGGAUCCUUCGACACCGUUGUAUACGUUGUUUGAGCUGUGAGACGAAGAAAGGGAAAAGGUUUCUUGGAAUAAUAUUGGUGCGUGUAAAUUGAUUAAAACCCGGUGAAUGUUUUGUGUGACAUAAACAAAUCCGAUGGACGAAACGUGAAGAAAAGAAAGGGAUUUAAGUUAUCAACACAAGUGCGCUAGGACUGAACACGUUUUUGAUCUGCACAUUCAGUCGAAACUUGUAAUCGAAAAAGUCAAAUCCUCCAAAAGCGAACAGUGAAACCAAAUCGUUGCGAAGCUUGCGGAUUACAGCGGCUUCAGCGAUGGAUUCAUAGCAACGAAAAACUAUGAUCAAACACCGGAUGAUUAGUUGACACUCGGUUUCCAAAUAGUGCACAAUAUUUUAAGUAAAGAUGAUCGGUAGCGUUGGCGGUCGGCAUAUGUCGACCCGGCGGCGCGGCUCCUCGCCGAUGGUUCGACUGGGGAAUAAUCUGAACCUGCAGCUGGAGCCACCAGAUGGACUUACACCGCGGAUUUCACCACGCCGGCGGCGGGCUGUCACAACCAGUGACCAUAAAAGCUGUGCUUUAAUACAAACAAGACUGAAACUCGGAGAUAUAAUGUUGGCAGCGGCUCAAGAAGCGGCGCUCGCAGGUCAGGGCUCCAACGGGGGCCAGUUUGGGCGCAAAGGAGGCCACUACUUAGCUGAUAAGAUGGGCGGCCCUAGCAGUCAAGGGGGCCAGCCUCCAUCGGGAGGCGCGCCCACAUCGCUCUUCAUUCUCUCCGAGGAUAACAUCAUUAGGAAAUACACAAGAUUCAUAAUCGAAUGGCCGCCCUUCGAGUACGCUGUACUGCUGACAAUCAUUGCCAACUGUGUGGUACUGGCGCUCGAGGAACAUCUGCCCCACGGCGAUAAGACACUGCUCGCCCAGAAGCUGGAGAAGACGGAGGCCUACUUCCUGGGUAUCUUCUGCGUGGAAGCUUCGCUGAAGAUCCUCGCCUUGGGUUUCGUCAUGCACAAACACUCCUACCUCAGGAACAUAUGGAACAUAAUGGAUUUUUUCGUCGUAGUUACGGGCUCAAUGACGAUUUUCGCCGAAGCGAACGUUGAUGUCGAUUUGCGUAUGCUUCGAUCGUUUCGUGUUUUGCGACCACUUAAACUCGUUAGUAGGAUUCCAAGUUUACAAGUAGUUUUAAAGUCUAUCAUCAAAGCCAUGGCACCGUUGCUGCAAAUCGGAUUGUUGGUCUUGUUUGCAAUUGUUAUCUUUGCAAUCAUAGGCUUAGAGUUUUACUCUGGUGCUCUGCAUAGAAGUUGUUAUAGUUUAGAAGAUAUCUCUCAAAUAGUUAAGGAAGGCGAAUUUCCGACGCCCUGCAAUGCGGACAAUGACACGAUAGCACCGACCGGGGCGUACGUGUGCAACAGCAGCGAAAGCACCUGCGUCGAGCAGUGGGAGGGUCCCAACUUCGGGAUCACUAGCUUCGACAAUAUUGGGUUCGCCAUGUUGACCGUAUUCCAGUGUAUCACGAUGGAGGGCUGGACGGCGAUCCUGUAUUGGACCAACGACGCGCUAGGGUCAACCUUCAAUUGGAUCUACUUCGUGCCGCUGAUAGUGCUGGGAUCGUUCUUCAUGCUGAACCUGGUUCUCGGUGUUCUCAGUGGUGAGUUUGCUAAGGAAAGAGAAAAAGUAGAAAAUAGACAGGAAUUUCUAAAGCUUCGUCGGCAACAGCAGCUAGAGAAGGAGCUGAAUGGCUACGUGGAAUGGAUCUGCAAAGCUGAGGAGGUCAUCCUGGCUGAGGAGAGAACGACCGAGGAGGAACGGCUGCACAUCAUGGAAGCUCGAAGGCGGGCGGCAGCCAAACGGAAAAAGCUGAAAAAUCUUGGUAAAUCAAAAUCAACCGAUACCGAGGAGGACGAUCCGGAUGAUGACUGCGGUGAAGAUGUUUAUGUCACGAAGCGAAAGAAAGGUUACCUGAAGUCCAAAGUCCGCACGCAGGGCAAGUGCAAAGGAUUCUGGCGUGCGGAGAAACGAUUUCGCUUCUGGAUCCGGCACACCGUCAAGACGCAAUGGUUCUACUGGUUCGUCAUCGUGCUGGUAUUUUUCAACACCGUCUGCGUCGCGGUAGAACACUACGGUCAACCGGACUGGUUGACCAAGUUUCUAUAUGUAGCCGAAUACGCCUUCCUCGGACUGUUCAUGAUGGAGAUGUGGAUCAAGAUGUACGCCCUGGGUCCAAGGAUCUACUUCGAAUCAUCGUUCAACCGGUUCGAUUGUGUUGUCAUCAGCGGAUCCAUCUUCGAAGUGGUGUGGUCCGCAGUGAAGGGAGGUUCCUUCGGUUUAUCCGUGCUGAGAGCUUUAAGAUUGCUUAGGAUAUUCAAAGUCACAAAAUACUGGUCAUCACUGCGAAAUCUCGUGAUAUCGUUACUCAACUCGAUGAGAUCCAUCAUUUCACUGUUGUUCCUACUCUUCUUGUUCAUACUGAUCUUCGCCCUGCUGGGGAUGCAACUGUUUGGAGGACAGUUUAACCUUCCGGAUGGGACGCCGCCAACAAACUUCAACACAUUUCCGAUUGCACUACUGACGGUGUUCCAAAUCCUGACCGGUGAAGAUUGGAACGAGGUCAUGUACCAGGGUAUCGAAUCCCAGGGUGGCCACAAGAAGGGUAUGAUUUACUCGCUGUACUUCAUCAUCCUGGUGCUGUUCGGUAACUACACACUGCUGAAUGUGUUCUUGGCUAUCGCCGUCGACAAUUUGGCUAACGCACAAGAACUGACUGCCGCCGAGGAGGAGCAGAUGGAAGAAAACAAAGAAAAGCAGCAGAUGGAGCUGGACAAGGAAAUGGAAGCGCUACACAUACAGACCGAUGGUUCACCGCCCCGGGUUGAGGUUUCUUCGCCUUCCCCAUCCCGGGGUAACGGUAGCAAGGGGAACAAAAAGGAAGAGGAUGAUAAGGAGGAAGACGAUGAUGAUAUUCCGGAUGGGCCGAAGCCUAUGUUGCCAUACUCGUCGAUGUUCAUACUGUCGCCAACGAAUCCGAUUCGCUGCGGGGCACAUUGGGUGGUAAAUUUGCGUUACUUUGAUUUUUUCAUCAUGGUCGUCAUCUCGCUGUCAUCCAUUGCACUGGCCGCUGAGGAUCCGGUCGAGGAAAAUUCGCGUCGAAACGAGAUUCUGAAUUUCUUCGAUUAUGCCUUCACGGGAGUGUUCACGAUCGAGAUGUUGCUUAAGAUAGUGGAUCUGGGAGUGAUACUGCAUCCCGGUAGCUAUCUGCGGGAGUUCUGGAACAUCAUGGACGCCGUAGUGGUCAUUUGUGCGGCUGUCAGUUUCGGCUUCGAUAUGACUGGUAGCAGCGCCGGUCAAAAUUUGUCCACAAUCAAAUCGCUACGAGUGCUGCGGGUGUUGCGACCACUGAAAACAAUUAAGCGUGUGCCAAAAUUGAAAGCCGUCUUCGAUUGCGUUGUCAACUCGCUGAAAAAUGUCACCAACAUUUUGAUCGUGUACAUUCUGUUUCACUUCAUCUUUGCCGUCAUUGCGGUGCAGCUGUUCAACGGAAAGUUCUUCUACUGCACCGAUGACAGCAAGCACACCAGCGACGAGUGCAAGGGUUCUUUUUUCGUGUACGAUGGCCCUGAUCAACUGCCAAGGCGGGAGGUUCGGGAAUGGAAAACGCAAAGCUUCCACUACGACAACGUGGCUACGGCCAUGUUGACACUGUUUGCCGUACAAACCGGCGAGGGGUGGCCCCAGGUAUUACAAAACUCGAUGGCAGCUACCUACGAAGACAAGGGUCCAAUCCAAAAUUUUCGAAUAGAAAUGUCCAUAUUCUACAUAGUGUACUUUAUCGUGUUUCCAUUCUUCUUCGUUAACAUAUUCGUGGCCUUGAUUAUCAUCACAUUUCAAGAGCAAGGUGAAGCUGAACUGCAGGACGGGGAAAUAGAUAAAAAUCAGAAAUCGUGCAUAGAUUUUACGAUAGGUGCUAGACCGUUAGAACGUUAUAUGCCAAACAAACGUAAUAGUUUUAAAUACAAAGUUUGGCGUAUUGUCGUCUCCACGCCAUUCGAAUACUUCAUAAUGAUGUUGAUCGUGUUCAAUACGUUAUUACUGAUGAUGAAGUAUCACAAUCAAGGAAAAGAGUUUGAGAAAUCGUUAAAGUAUCUCAACAUGGGAUUUACCGGGAUGUUUAGCGUUGAGACGAUACUGAAAAUAAUAGGAUUUGGCGUAAAGAAUUUUUUCAAAGAUCCUUGGAAUAUAUUCGAUUUUAUAACAGUUAUUGGAAGUAUUAUCGACGCGUUAGUUUUAGAAUUAGGGGAAAACUCAUUCAACGUUGGAUUUUUAAGACUGUUUCGUGCUGCACGAUUAAUCAAACUACUCCGACAAGGUUAUACAAUACGAAUAUUACUUUGGACAUUUGUUCAAUCAUUCAAAGCACUGCCAUAUGUCUGUUUGCUGAUUGCCAUGCUAUUUUUUAUCUACGCAAUUAUUGGCAUGCAGAUUUUCGGAAAUAUGAAGUUCGAUCCGGAUACCGCCUUAAACCGUCAUAAUAAUUUUCAGACAUUUUUCGGAGGGCUAAUGCUGCUUUUUCGAUGUGCAACAGGCGAGUCGUGGCCGAACAUUAUGCUGGCAUGUCUCAAAGGGCGACCGUGUGACCCGAAAGCAGGCAAGAGCAAUGAAACCUGCGGAUCGACGAUGGCCUACGCGUACUUCGUGUCGUUCAUCUUCCUGUGUUCGUUUCUUAUGCUGAAUCUGUUCGUCGCUGUCAUCAUGGACAACUUUGACUAUCUGACACGUGAUUCCAGUAUUCUCGGUGCUCACCAUCUUGACGAAUUUGUACGGAUAUGGGCCGAAUACGAUCCAAAUGCUACGGGUAAAAUACUUUAUACAGAAAUGUAUGAUAUGUUGAAAAACAUGGAUCCUCCUUUGGGAUUUGGUAACAAAUGUCCCAACCGACUCGCCUACAAGAAGCUCAUCCGCAUGAAUAUGCCACUGGACGCGGAGGGAAAGGUCGGCUUUACUACGACCCUCUUUGCGCUGAUCCGGGAAAACCUCAACAUCAAAAUGAGAACUGCCGAAGAAAUGGACCAAGCGGACCAAGAACUGCGAAACACGAUCAGCCACAUCUGGCCGCUGCAAGCUAGGAAGAUGCUGGACCUGCUGGUCCCGCGGAAGGAAGAAUUGAACAAAAGCAAACUGACGGUGGGGAAGAUCUACGCCGGGCUGCUCAUUCUGGAGUCCUGGCGGAACACCAAGUUCGGCCAGAUUGAGUCGGACUUGCCGGGUCAAGAUGCAGACAAUAAUAGUCCCACGGCCAAACUGCCGAAGCCAUCCCUGUUCAAUGCGAUCCUCGACAUGGCUGCCCUCGAGAAAACGGGCGGUUCGCGAACCGGUUCACUGAGCAUAGAGAAUGGCGAAGGUGUCAACUCGCAGACCCAUCUGCUGUACGUGCAGCAACCGAACGGGAACCACAACGGGCACGAGGCCGACCACGAGGGUACCCUGGCCAGUCUGGCCCGGCGAACCACCAUGCGCAAGCGGUCCUUCAGGAGCAGAAAGGAGUUACAGGACGUUUCCCGGCAGCCAUCGCUGGAAUCACUGACGGGAGUGGACGGUCAUUUGCAUCCGGGACAUGGUUACCACAACGGACACCACCACCGCCGGUCGCCCAGUCUGAGGCGAGAAUCACCUCUGGUACGGACGCCCAGCCCGAGGCGUCGCAGUCAUCUACACGAGAUAGGUUUUUCAGACACAGUUUCCAACGUGGUCGAAAUACAGAAAGAUGAGCACAGACGUGGUAUGCAUUUCAACUACAUCCACAAACACCAUCGAGGUUCCUGGUCAGCAUCAACCAGCCCCGCCCGUUCGCCGUCACCCAGUCGUAUCGGUGUACAUAGUAGUGCCCAGCAUCGUAGUCGAAAAGAUCGUCCCAAAAACCACCCGGCCCACCAACCGUACGACACGACGAUCCUCUGCGAGCGGUCCCGAUCGCCGAGUCCUGCCAGUUUGCUCCAAGAGCUGCGGGACCGGGAUCACGCGCGGCGAAAGUAUAGGAAUGGAAUGGGUCCUCCAGGUCAUGUUCAACACAGCUAUCCUGUUCUGGUUAGCCGACGCCAGGGACAGGGCCGAAGGUUGCCACCAACCCCGUGCAAACCGUCAACGCUGCAGCUGAAGCAAACCAACAUCAAUUUCCCCAAGCUAAAUGCUAGUCCUACUCACACGUUGCACUCAACUCACACAACGCCACACAGUGUUCACUCGAUGCCACAGACUCGGGAGUUCCUUCGGGAGCGGGAUCGUGACCGGGAUCGAGAUCGGGAUCUCUACUAUCGGGAGCGAGAUCGGGAGCGGGACCGGGAACGCUAUCGGAGCAGCCGCGAGCGGGAUUCGCGAGACUACGGUCCACUGCAGUAUGAGUUCAGAGAUCGGGAACGGGAGCUGUAUGAACGCGAGCGGGAAAUUGAGCGAGAGUUCGAGCGGGAAUAUGAACGCAUGGAACACCACGUACCCCUCUCGUACGAGCAGGCGCUAGCGAUGGGUCGAACCGGCGGCCGCGUUCUUCCAUCUCCGAUACUGAACGGCUACAAACCGAAGGGGGGCGGUGGCCUUCACUCGUCCCGCCACUCGGACUCGGACGACGAGGACUGGUGCUAGCACAGGGUUAGACGGCGCCAGUGCGACAGGAAACGCAGGGAACAGAUUUGGGUGUGAUACGGUACUGGUGGUGGACUGAAACAGUUGCAGUAGGCCGUUGAAGUCAGGACACUGCGACGGUAGGAGCAGCGAAUUGAACUCCAGAGACAGAGCAGUUUCCAGCUACAAUGGCUUACCGUUAUUUAUGCGCAGAUUUUUCGCUUUACUAAGCCUGGCUUCUGGGCACGAAAUCGCAUCGCUUGAAAACAGUCAGUGUGAUGCCAAACUAGAAUAAAUCGAACGCUAUCAUCAACGGUAUUUGGUGGUGCUUACAAGAGAUUCCCUUCAUUCUUCGAGUAAGGCCUUAGUUAGAACGAAUUAAAAAAUGGUUACAAAUGCAACACUUUUUGAGAAGAACCGAGAAGGGAAAAUAUUACAAAAACUGUAGUUAAUCGUUACAAAAUUAAAAAGAUGAACAAACUGAACCUGCCUUCAAAGCCACAAAUGAGAACAAACGUAGAUGGUCGGAAAAACAAUACAAACAAAUCUAGCAAACUGCGAAGAUAAUUUAAAACUAACGUUGAGCAGUAUAUCCUCCUGAUAGUUACUAAUUUUUCAAAUGUUUAAUCUUUCUAAUUAGCAAAGCGAAACAGUUUGUAUAUAAAAAAAAUAGAAUGAACAAUUUCAGCUCUAACUUAACACGUAAUAUUUUUCUGCACCAAGCUUAGAUCAGCAAAGAUUUUUCACAUCUCGAAAGUACGUUUCCGAGCAGGCACUCAACUGGAUGACCACUGGAUUCAUUUGACCAUAUCGCCAACCACCUUCACCGCAAAACUGACAAGAUCUAGAUGAAAAGACUGAAUUCCAACCAAAUAUCGAUGGAAUACCAAAAAAAGAGGAAAACUUUGCACAGUUUAGGGACGAUAGUUUAGAUAAUUAACGCGCGUUGCGAUAGAAAAACGCAGUUUGGAACCCGUAGACAAUGUACAAAUAUGACGAGAAACAACUAGUGGUACGUAGAUAUUUUACGAACGCAGUACACCGAAGUUUUUGACGAUGCAGGGAAUUUAAUUUUUACCAGCAAAAUCGUAGUUAAGCGAAUAGUCGUUUUGGAGUCGCUGUUGGUUCGAUUGUUCGGGGAGCGUAUAGCUUUUUGCUAGAGACAAUAGCCGCGGUUCGAUCAGGGAGCUGGGAUAGUCAUUUUGUAGGCCCAGGUCUCAAGCGAACUAGACUUUUAUAUGACUGUAUUUGUGCAGGAGAGCACAGUAGCUGCUAGUGUCACUAGUUUGGAAAAUUAGAUUAGCGGGAGUACUCAGUACUUAUCACAUUGAUUUGGCGCAAAAAUUGGUUUUUUUGGAACGUAGCACAAUGGAAUAAUAAUUGGGUCCACAAAUCAUAAAUCAUAACGAACUCGUUCUGCGUUAUAGGAUUUAUGGAGCCCACUACAAUUGGAUUUAGCAGCGUUACGAAAAAGUCAAUGUUUGUGCUGGUAUUAUUUUACAUAUUACAUAUAUUACUUGACAACCCCAAAAAAUUCGUUCUAAUGGUCAUUCUUUUGAGUGCGAUUUAUUUUACAUUGAAAAUUGCAUUACUUCCAACAACCAUUUCUGUUCAAUACAAUGCUUAGCAACUCAAACAUAUAUUAUAGAAGUUUUUUCAAUUCAAAAACCCCUUCGUAUUUUACCUGGCCCACUCAUUAGAAAUUGCUCUGCAUAAAUCGUGCCAGAGAGUGACAAAUCUACGCUGACGGUGACUUUAAUCAAUUUGUAUUACUACGUCAACAUUAGCGUAAAUCUAGAUUUCAAUCCGUGGGUUCCACAAUCUGGAACCCGCUGUUAACGUAAUUAUUGAUUCGAAAAACAACCUCCUGGUGAGAUCUUAUUGAAAUGCAACAACUUUAUAAACAUGCUUGAAUUGUCAAACUGCCAAACUCUAGUCAGGUGGAAUAAUUGAAAAACCAGAAAACCACUUACUAAUGAAAACAGGCCAUUUUUCUACGAUCUACGAUAGGAACCAACGAUCAAGAGCAACCUUCCAAUUGAUUAAUUCGAAUAGUUUGAUACUUUCGGUAACUCUGGCAAACUGCUAGUGCCGAGUCAAUAAACAACCCAACCGUAUAGCAUAAACUAUUUAAUCCGGUGCCGGGGAAUACUGAGGAGACAAAAUACUCGAUGGGCUAUUGAUGUGCAUAUAAAAAGAGAGUAACUCGCAAAGAACCAUUCUCACAAUGUGAGACAGACAGAGCUGUUGUUGUAAAGUUAAGACCCGAAGCGUUAUCCGUAUAUGAAGUUUAUCCAAGCAACCACAAUAUUCGGCCAUCAACCCAUCGUUCAUCCAUCGCUUAGCUGUUAGAAACGCGAAUCUUAGGAAUUAGGUUAUAAUAUGCAUAUAAUAAACAAAAACGUAAAUAGAACCAACCAUUGAUUGGCAUCGGAGAGGAAAUAUUUCUAUCAAAUUAUAUUAUAAAAAAAAAACAAAAUAAUUUUUUAAUCUCUAGCGGAAACCUGUAAAUACAUUUUUCUGUGAUAUAUAAAUUGUGAAAGGUAAAAGUUUUUGACGUAUGAAUGCAGAUCUAAGCGAACUCGGUCGCAAUUGACUGGCGGCCAGUCCAGGUGCGGUUUUGCAAUGUACAACACUUGUAAAAUUUCGUUUGCUUUCCCUUGUCCGAAUGCUUACGUGCAGGUCGAACUUUUACUUUCUGCAAUCAUUGUAUGCCGCCGAAGUCGAUGCGGAACGCGCAGUAUAGGUAAGGGGCAGCAGUCGUUGUUGCGAUUAGGAAAAUUUGAACAACUUGUUGGUGUAUGUUUUAAAAACAACAAUACUUUUACUAGCUAUUUAUGUCAACGGGUUUAUUUUGGUAGUGUCUGUGUGACUGUUGUAUGUUUAAGGCGCGGUUCAUUUUUUGUUUUUGUUCUAGUAUAUGUAUUACGAUCCUCGGAGCAGAUGGUUCGAGUUUAAUAUUAGUGUGUUGCAAAGAUUUUGUUGCAAAUUUUAGUUGGCCACGAGACAUAAGUUGGUAACGAUAUGAGACGUUUUUAGCAUAAAUUCUGAUGAGAAUAGUGAAAAAGUAUAGACAUCUUAAUUAGGUACCUAUCGAAUCGAUUUUUUAAAAGAAUAUGUUCAAGAAGAUUUAAAAAAAGAAAAUAAAUGAAGGCUCUUUGAAA